AUCGAAUCGUGCCGAACAGAGUCGAACCAAUUCAACUGUAAUUACGACAUUACGACUACUGAUAACUAGAGAAGGUGAGGGACACGUUAAACAUGGCGGAGGCCGUUGUGGACGGGAAUCCAAUGUCCCGAUUUUUCUGCCACAAAUGCAGCGUUGAAAUUGAGCGUUUGUUGCCAAAUUACACAUGUCCACGAUGCGCGUGUGGUUUUAUCGAAGAAUUGGAAAGUAGCAACAAUGAAGGUAAUUCAGGCAUAGACAUGAAUAGCGAAGAUCUGAGCGAUGUAGAUGUCGAUAUCUUAGGAUAUAAUUCUUCAGGGCGUACUGAACGUGACCGUGACAUAAUAGAAAUGAUAAUGGGACUUUCAAAUACAUAUACCAAUCAACAAUCAAGUACCAAUCAACAAUCAGGUGCAGGCAACAGAAAUUAUGGAAGUAGAAGAAGAUCUAAUUGGAUUCGUGUUACUCCACCUAUUCAAGAUGGGCGUCGUACCAACAGUAGCAAUCGUAGAAGACAAGAAAGCUUGCCAGUACCUAUAGAGAAUUUCAUACAAGAUUUUAUCUUCAAUCUUUCGGGGGCACCAAAUUUAGGCAAUUCUGUGGGACAAGAUGCGCAGCCAUCUGUAUUCGAUAUUAGACUGUUCUUGGGAAAUCCUGGAGAUUAUGUCUGGGGUCGCGAUGGAUUAGAUGCUAUUGUUACCCAAUUAUUGAAUCAAAUGGAUGGUACUGGACCUCCACCUUUACCACACAAGCAGAUUGAUGAAAUACCUACGACAGCUAUAUCGCAAAGUCAAGUUGACUGUAAACUACAAUGUUCCGUUUGUUGGGAAGAUUUCAAGUUAUCGGAACCUGUUAGACAGCUGCCUUGUCAGCAUGUUUAUCAUGCACCGUGUAUUAUACCCUGGUUGGAAUUACAUGGAACUUGUCCCAUUUGCAGACAAAGUUUGGGAGAUCAGAACUCGGUUGAGGUAAACCAAGAUACUGGCUCAAACUUGACCGGAUCUGCUUUAGCUGGAUCCAGUUUUGCCGCUUUAUUCAGGGCAGCAAAUGAAGCAAGCCGAACAGGGCAACCAAUUAGCCGGACAUCAUCAUCUUCAUCAUCUACUUCGUCAGAGUAGAGAGUUCUGAAUUCUUGUUCAAGUAAAAGGAAAAAGGGAACUUACACUUUAUAAUCUAAUUCCGAUAAAAUACUGGAGGAGCAACUUAGGUGAUUUUAUUUAUUAAACAUUGCUUAUGCAUGGGCAGUUUCAUUUUGCGUAGCAUCGAUUCAAACAAACUCAAACAAAUCUACACAGAAGAUAUGUAUGUUAUAUGUGUGAUAUCUAUAUAUAAAAAUAUAAUUUUUACAUCGCUACGCGCGUGAGGCUCAGUAAAAUCGAUAAUCUAUGACUUGUACAAAUAAAUUAAAAAAAUUUUCAAUUUAGAAACAAGCUAAUAAAUUUAAAUGAUAAAUGCAGGGCGAUAUAUACUGAUAUCGUGAAUUUUUUAAACAAAAAAGUGCUUAUAUAUUAUGUUAGAGAGAGUAGAAAUACUGCUCCCUCUUUGUAGAAGUAUAUACACUUAUGUAAAAUAUUUACACUAAAAUAUCACACAAAUCAAUAAAACAGAAUGUUCUAAAAA